AAUUUUUUGAAUGAAAACACAAAUACGGGAUCACUUUGGAUUCCCUUUCACAUCAGGUUUGAAACUUUAGGUUACUGAGUAAAUAGUGCCUAUAAGUUUCAAGUAAAUGGCGCUUAAAAAAAAUCCAAAAUAAAGUGAAAUCGAUCAGACGUUAUAAAAAAUUUGGUCUAUGUCUAUGUUUAACAUAGAUAAAGGGACUGUCGAAUGGAAUAUUUGUGUUCUGUGGUAGGAAGUAUAUAUUUCUAUGGUCGAAAUUGAAGCCUUUAAUUGCAGUGGCGGCAAUAUUAUCGGUAGGGUAAACACAGCAGUUUUAUGUGUUCUUAUGAAAGAGAAAGAAUGGAAGAAUUUUGAAAUUAAAUGACAAGAGCUUAAUUAUUUAUAGAUUUUUAACGGAUAGCUUCAAUUAAUUAGUACUUCGGAUCUAUUUAUUAUGGUUACUUCCUGUUGUGUUCUUGGGUGCUCGAAUGAGCACAAAAAAGGAUGCCAUAUUAAUUUCUUCAGUUUUCCAUUCAAAAAUCCGGAAUUGUUAAAUAAGUGGAUUGCAGCUAUUAAAAGGAAGAACUGGGUACCAAAAGCUCACUCCAGGAUUUGCAGUGUUCAUUUCACAAAAAGUGAUUAUCAGAUUCGGCCUGGAGCUAAGUAUCCACUUCUGAAAAUAACUGCUAUACCAUCAAUUUCCCCAGCCUUUUCAACUUAUUAUAAAGUUCCUUCAAAUCAAGCCAGAGCUUCUCAGACACAGUCUUCAGUUGAUCAUGAAUUAAAGGAGCAGGCCUCAGAAGGUGAUUCUGAUUCUACUGGUCCUUCAGAAUCAGAAUUGAGAAAGAAAGGAAGAAAACAAUUGAUCAAUGAAUUAGAACAGCAGACCUCAGAAGAUCCUGUCACUUUUGAUUCAGAAGGUCCUUCAGAACCAAAAUUGAAAAAGGGAGGGGAAAAAAAAUUGAUCAAUGAAUUAGAACACCAGACCUCAGAAGAUUCCUUGACUUCUGAUUCUGCUGGCCCUUCAGAACCAAAAUUGAAAAAGAGAGAAAACAAACAAUUGAUCAAUGAAUUAGAACAGCAGACCUCUGCUGAUUCUGUCAUUUCUGACUCUACUGGCCGUGCGGAACCAAAAUUGAAGAAGAGAGGAAGAAAAAAAUUGUCAUAUAAUGAAAGGGUAAAAUCAUUAACAAAAAUAAAUGAAUGUCUUACCCAAAAAGUAGGAAAGCAGAGAAAAAAAAUCAAAAUACUCAAGACAUUAAUUGCUUCUCUAAAAGAAAAAGGGUUGUCAGAUCUAAACAUGGAGCUUUUACUACUAGAUGUCUGAGGCUAAAAGGACAUUGCUUGUCUCAAAGUUUCUAGGCUAAAAUCAUAUGACAAACUGACUAUUUAUGUCAAGUAUAUUUCAUCUUUGGAAAAUAUUUUUUCCAAUUGUAGAGAAACGUCAACAGUGAGGUGAAAUCAUUGAAUUUGAUUGCUAAUUACUAUUUUGAAAUACGACUCCAUGCUAUAGCUAGAGCGAAAAUCAAUGUCACAUCAAAGAUACCUUAAUAAUAAUAAAAUGAAAUUGUUUUCAAAUCAACGAAUUGGAAAUGAAUUAUUAUAUCAAAGCAGUGGUGGCCAAAUCAUUUGUAAAUAUAUUAUCAGCUUUUAAUUUAUAUUUCUUUUUGAAAUUGAUAUUUCAUUUCUAUGUAUUGUACAUAUAAGAAAAAUGAUUAUUGUUACAAUGAAGGCUUUCUUCCCUAAAAUCCAAUCACAAAAGUAAAGAAUUAUUGAAGUAAUCCUAUAUAAAAAUAUAUCGCUUGAUUUUCGAAGAACCUACAUGAUAAGUGAACAAAUAGUUAAUUAACCAAUUAUCCUAUCUCAUUCAUAAACCUUGUCAACAUCAAAAGUACAAAAAGACUCAUGAUGUGAAUAACUUCCUGAUAAGCUCAGAUCUAAAGUUAUAAUUUGAGAAAAAUCAAGUCUGUGCAGUUUUAUUGAACCCUACCAAUGUAAUUUCAAAUACUUAACUCAGGUCAUCUUCUGAUACAUGUACAUAUAAUAUCCGGAUAUGUACAACACUUAAGUCUUUGUGUAAGAAAUAGUUAUUGAUUGUAAAUGUCAAGUGAACAAACACUGAGCUUACAUUGUUUACCCUACCGGUAAUAUGGCUAAUUAAAGGCUUCACUUUUUACCUAUGUUGAUGGCUAGAGUAAGAGUUCGUCUAUUUGUUUACAUCUAAAACUAACCAAUACAUACAUUGAUAUCGCCCUCUAUGUUGGGGAUAUAAGGCAUGAAAAAUAAGUUAAUUGUCUCAAUAUUACUUCUCAA